AUGUUCUCAUCCAGCACAUCAGAGCGCCAUGUCUCAAGCAGUAACAGCAAUCACAACGGCAAUGGACAUGCAUAUCAGAAUCAGCUCUCACGCCCCCGACAACGAAUCAUCGUUGCCAUGACGGGCGCCACCGGCUCAAUACUCGGCAUCAAAACCCUCAUUGCCCUGCGUCACCUCAACGUCGAAACGCAUCUCAUCCUCAGCAAAUGGGCCGAAGCCACUCUCAAGUACGAAACAGACUAUACCGUCGCUAAUGUCCGCGCUCUAGCCGACCAUGUGCACAGCAUCCAUGACAUGGCUGCCCCCAUUGCCAGCGGGUCGUUCCGCGUCGACGGCAUGGUCGUCGUGCCCUGCAGCAUGAAGACUCUGGCAGCCGUCAGCCACGGCUUUUGCGACGACUUGAUAGCGCGGGCCGCGGAUGUGGUACUCAAAGAGCGCCGGAAGCUCGUUCUGGUGACGCGCGAAACGCCGCUCAGUGCCAUCCAUCUGCAGAACAUGCUGGAGGUAUCGCGCGCCGGGGCGGUCAUCUUUCCACCCAUGAUGACGUUUUAUAUUCGACCAGGCGGCGUUGGAGAGAUGGUAGACCAUUCAGUGGGACGGAUGUUGGACUUGUUUGGGCUGGAUACGGGGGAGUUUGAACGCUGGGAGGGGUGGAGGAAGGAUUAG